UUGUCUUUCAAAAGAUCAUCUUCGUAUGUGAUAAAAAUAUCAAGAUUCAAAUACACUGAUCAUUGUUUGAUAUCGUUCAUGAAUGCCUCUGUGUUGCUCAAAUGUAUUUUAUAUGGCGCCGACUGAACCUAAUAUGAACACGGAUUCCGAAAUCGAUAAAAUAUUCAGUGCCAUUUUUGAGAAUCCUGAAAAUGAGCAUGGAGUUUCCAAACAGUGUCACGCAGAAAUCAAAAUCCCAUUCGAUAAGGGAGGUGAAAGAGAAUGCUGGGAGUUCCAUAACAUCACGUUAUCGAGGGCGCCUGGUUAUGGUUUCGGAAUUGCUGUGAGUGGUGGCCGAGAUAACCCACAUUUUGCGAAUGGCGAUCCUUCGAUCGCUAUAUCCGACGUACUGAAAGCUGGACCCGCCGAAGGAAAACUCAGGAUUAAUGAUCGAGUUAUAAGCGCCAAUGGAGUGUCGUUGGAAAGCGUUGAUUACGCAACUGCAGUCCAGGUCCUCAGAGAAUGCGGCACGACUGUCAACUUGGUAAUCAAACGAAGAGUAGUCUUACCACCGAACACAAAUGGUCCUCAAACAUUAAAAGUUACAUUGACUAAAAGCAAAAAGAAAGAUGAUUUUGGAAUUGUUCUUGGCUGUUGGAUAUACAUAAAAGAAAUAACAAACAGGUCGCUUUUAGCAAAAGAUGAAUCUAUUCAAGAAGGGGAUAUCAUAACAAAGAUAAAUAACAGCAGUCUUGAUGGUCUAACCCUGAAAGAAGCGAAGAAACUAAUUGAAAAUACAAAAGAAAAAUUGCAUCUAGUUGUUCGGAGAGAUGGCAUUAGAUCUUCAGAAUCUCAGGAUCCCUGGUCAAACAGAUAUAUUCCUGAAACAAAUAUUACAGCACAUAAAGAUAUUCGUUCUUCACCAAGUUUCAUUGACAUUUCUACGUCCCGCCCACACUGGAGCAAUCAAAAUGUAUAUGUUCAGUCCCCAACAAGGGAUUUUAAAUCAGGAAUAGAAAAAAUUGCGGAUAAGAAUAAUUUAUCUCGCUCUGAGAGCAACUGGAAUCACAAUGUGACAGACAAUACUCUCAGCCAUUCAGAUGUUGGAAAUCAUAUGCCAAUUAGUAUUAAUAGGAUGGAAGAUAUGUAUGUUCCACCUAGACCACCUUUACCUCAAGAUGGAAGACAUGAUAAUUAUGAACAAGGAUUUCACAGGGCUUCUUCACCACCAGAUCCUCGAUUCAUAUCAUUCCAGAAAGAUGGCACAGUUGGUAUUCGCCUUACUGGUGGCAAUGAAGUUGGGAUUUUCGUAACUGGUGUUCAGCCUGGUACAUCUGCCUAUUUACAAGGUCUGCAGGCAGGUGACAAGAUAUUAAAGGUGAAUGACAUUGAUAUGCGAGGUUUUACCAAAGAAGAAGCUGUUGCAUUACUUGUUGGUAUUCAGGAUCAAGUUAAUUUAAUAGUUCAGUACAGAAAAGAUGAAUAUGAAGAUGUAAUAAAUAAUCAAAAGGGAGAUUCUUUUUAUAUCAGAACUCAUUUUAGUCAUGAAAGUAGUGGCAAAGGUGAGCUGAGUUUUCGCAAAGGUGAAGUGUUUCACGUAGUUGAUACUCUAUACAAUGGAAAUGCUGGUUCUUGGCUUGUAUAUCGACUAGGUAGAAAUGGACAAGAAAUACAAAGAGGAGUUAUACCAAAUAGUGCCAGGGGACGAGAAAUAGCACAUGCUCAACAGACUUCUUCUAAGAAGGACAGUGAUAAUGAAAGUCGUGGAAAUUUUUUCCGCCGAAGAGCUCGCCGAUCUAAAUCACUGUGUAAAGAUCAUUGGGAAGAUGUUGUUCUCGCGGAUUCUGUGACAAGGUUUCCUCCAUAUGAAAGAGUUGUAAUGAAACAACCUGGAUUUAUUAGACCUGUCGUUAUUUUUGGACCUCUAACAGAUAUUGUAAAAGAAAGGCUAUUAAAAGAUUAUCCUGAAUGCUAUGCAUCACCGCAAACUGACAAUCAUUUGGAAGAAGAGCAGAGCAAUUUGAAAUCUCCUGGUAUUAUACGUUUAAGUGCUAUAAGGGAUCUUAUCGAUAAGGGAAAGCAUGCUAUUUUAGAUAUAACACCAAGUGCUGUAGAUCGAUUAAAUUAUGCCCAAUUUUAUCCAAUUGUAAUAUUCAUGCAUGCAGAAAAUAAACAUGUUAUAAAAGAACUUAGAACAAAAUGGGCGAAGUCAAGUUACAAAAGUUCCAGAAAGCUGUAUGAACAUGCUGUGAAGUUAGAGAAAUUAUGGUCUCAUAUAUUUACAGCUUCAAUAUCUCUUACUACUGGUGAUUCAUGGUAUAAAAAACUACAAGAAACUAUCGACAGACAACAAAAGCAACCUCUAUGGGUAUCUGAAGCAAAGCCUGAUGAAGCUAUAACUGACGACUUUUUAUUCCCAAUGACAUCAAGAUUAACAUAUGCAUCUUCUCCUGAAAGUGAUCUUGAUAUUUCCAUGGAAUCUCGUACAACAACAUUUAAAGAUUCUACUUUACAAAAUGAUAGGCGAUUAGUAAAAUCAUCUAGUGACCCUAGUAUAACAGCGGCUGAAGAAUUAGCUGAAAUAAAAAAUUUCAAUCCAUAUCCUGGUUAUAGUUUAGGUGGAAAUGGACAGCUGCUCUACCCUUACUACAUCUUUCGUCGGGAAACUGCCAUACCAAUACAAUCUGUUAUAAAAAAUGCUAAUGAUAUGAUGACUGUUCCUGCAAGAGUGCUGCCUGUUGAACAGGAUGAUUAUAUACCCCAUUCUUCUAAGAGUAAUAGUACUUUUACAGCACUUCAACGAUCAAGAAUUGAUCCAUAUGCCACACUGACACCUAGUGAGCGAAUUACUAAUCAAAUUUGUGGUGAACUUAAAUAUUUAUAUGCAAAUGGUCCUAUUAAUACGAAUCCACAUCCUCCUCAAAUAGAUCGUACCAACAAGCCAGUGCAUAAUUAUGAGAAAGAUCAAAACAUGCCAGAUGUAAAUAUGAAUAUUUCACAUGAUUAUAUAAAUACCAUGGAAGGCUAUGAUGGAAUAAAUUCUAUUCAAGAUAGACAAGCAUAUGGAGAAAAAUCAGCAUAUGAAAAUGAGAAUUCUAUUCCUAAUAGUUCUGCUCAAUACCCAAAUGCUACAUUGCCACUCAAUAAUGAUGCUGUUGAGUCAAUACCAAGCAGAAUAUUUUCCAAUCCCUCAAUACCUUACCAGUCAAUGACACUUGAUAGGGCAAAAUUCAGUCAAAUGAAAGCUAGGCACGACGUAAAACCACCACCGCCUCCACCACCAGUAAAGUCAUUCAAAACAAGACUUUCUGAUGGUCGACCAGUACCUCCACCCAAACCAAUCCAAUUGCAAGGGAAGCAUUGGCCAAACCUUGCAGACAACUUUGCAGAAGUGCCCAUCAAGGAAUCUGACAACCUGUUAAAACCCAACCUAAAUCACAUCAGCGGCCAUAGUGUGCCUCCUUAUCAUUCUAGGUCAUAUCCAACAUCUCCAAAUAAACCACCUCCUCCUCCUAAGAGAAAAGAUCCUGCAUUUUAUAAGGAACAACAACUGCAAGAACAUCGUAGAGACCAACUACCUAAAGAGCCAAUGGAUCGAUCAACGAUGGGUCAUUCAUAUAGCCAAGACAAUGUCUGUUCUUAUUCUCUUAACCGACCAUAUAGUAAUGUAAUGUUCAGAGAAUCUCAAAAGAAUGUUUCUUGCUCACCUACAAACUCUCCACCACUACCACCCAUUAGCUUGGAUUUAUCAAGAGAAAACAGAGAAAGUGCAUUUGAAUUGUAUAAGAAAUCAGAUAAUCUAAACCAUCUGGAUUCUGUUCAGAAUAAUAACAACCAAAGAAGGUACGUUCUAGAAGAAGCUAAUGGAACACACAGCGUGAUAGCUACAGCUCAAGGUGUAUUUGGCAGUGAAGGUGGCACUCUCACUUCAAGAGAGACAGGUGUAACAUUAAUAAUCCCACCAGGUGCUAUAUCUGAAGGAGAAAGGCAUGAAAUAUAUUUCAAAGUUUGCCAUGACACUAACAUGUUGCCACCUCUUGAUAAAGACAAAGGUGAAACUUUGUUAAGUCCACUAGUGAUGUGUGGCCCUCAUGGUUUAAAGUUCAAGGUGCCCAUUGAAUUGAGAUUACCUCAUUGUGCCUCUAUAACUCCUGACAGCUGGUCAUUUGCUCUGAAAUCAAGUGAUACUCCUAAUGGUGAACCAGCUGAAUGGCAAAAUGUAUCAUUGGAUAAUAGAGACGGCAUGACAUCCAGUCGAGUUGAAAAUGAUUAUGUGUCAGUUUUAGUCGAUCAUUUCUAAUUAUAUAAUUAAUGUAAAUCAGAUGUAAAAAAAAAUCUCUGCCAAAGAUUUUGUAUGAAAUAGAUUAUAUAUGUGAAUUAAAAAGGACACUGUUUAAGGCCUUUGACACUUAAGAUUUUAAACUAUUAUUAAUGUAUUUUUCUUUUUCCAAUGACUUUUGUUUCCAAGUUAUUUUUACCUUUAUUAUAUCGUCAUGUAUUCAGAAAAUAGGUACUGAGACUUUUCUAUGUCUUAAUUUCUAUGAAAUAACAUUUUUACAUUUAAUAGUCAUUUUUUCUGGAAAUGUUACUGAUUAAGGUGUUUUAAUGUAUAUAAAAUAUAUGCCUACUGAACAAAUAAAUACUUUAUUAAUGGCAGCCA